AUGACACACUGUGCAACGCAACAUAAAAAUGAUUGGGAUGAUGUGAGAAAAGCAUUCCUUGAUAUUUAUCCAGAGGAUAGAUCGCUUCCAAGCCUGAUCAGUGAAUUGUCAUCAGUAACUCGACAGCCCAGAGAAACCAUAACAGAGCUCUAUAUCAGAGUAGAAGGGAUUGUGGCAAAAUUAGAAAGCAUGAAACCCACAGCGUCACACCCCAGCCUUCAGCUACACGACGCUGCAGUACGCAAAGAAAAUAGGGUUGUCCCAGUAAACGCAGUGACAGUGAAUGCUGUUACUACAGAUCACACGAUGUAUCGCCCUCAGAAUGUCAGAAAUAUACAUUGUCAGAGCCUUGAUGGACACGGGGCAGGGGUAUCUCUUGUAUCGCGUGACGUUGUAGACAAACUUAGAAAGAAACACAUUACUCCAACAAAUAAGGUAAUUCGCAAUGCGAGUGGAGAUGAAAUGUUGACUUCAGGAAAGACUAAGCUAACUUUGACAAUUGGAGGUAAGAUAUACACACAUGAUUUUGUGAUCAGUGAAGAUAGAGCCUUGCCAUCACAGAUAAUAAUAGGUUUUGACUUUAUGAAAAGAUAUAAUGUGAAUCUAAAUACCAAACCUCUGCAAUUAUAUAUUGAAGGAAGGAGAAUUGUUAUUGUAGAAAUACCCAUGAUGCAUGCCAUCAUGAUAACUGAGAGAAGUGAAAAGGAAGCAGUAACAAAUGAAUCAAAGGAUAAUCCCAGUUAUAAAUGCUCAGUAGCUCAGACAUCAAUAUUACAAGGAGUACGAGUGAGUUAUGUGACCUUAGAAACAAAGUUAGUGGAUAGUGAUAUCGCUAUAUUCGAGCCAGUUAAAGGAGUUAUAGGGUCUCAGUUUUUAUGUCCAGGUUUAGUGAAAUUAGAAAAUGACAUGGAGAAGAAGAAAUCUAGGUUUGUGGUGAGGUAUAUAAAUUUCUCGAGUGAACAUGUGCCGUUAGAGCCAGGGAAAACAUUAGGCUACUUACAGUCAUGUCAGAGUGAGGUUCUGCCAAGCGGGAGUGAUGAAUAUACAGUGAAUGGUGUGACAGAAGAAAAUGAAACAGACAAAAUGAAGGCCUUUUCAGAAAUCAUUAAUCACAUGUAUCCUGAGGGAACAAGGAAAAAUCAAAUAUUGAAAGAAUUAGUUGUUAAAUACUCCUCUGUCUUUGCUAGUGAUGACGACAUUCCAAGUAUAUCACCCUUUUUCUACCACACCAUUCAGUUACAGUCCAGACCUACGUCCAAGAAACCUUAUCCCAUCCCAGCUUGUUUUUAUGAUAAGACUGUGGGGCUAUGCAUGGGAUACGUUCAAGCCUGGGAUGUACCCCAAAGCUCACCUCCUCAACAAGGGAUGAGUUUCUCCCAAGACCAUCAACUACUUGUAACUGGACAAGCUUAUGUGGUGCCUUUUUUGUUGAAAUUGGAGGAUAUCUAUGAGCCAAUUAAAAAAGCCAUCAAUAUCACUCAGAAUAUAAUAUAUAAUUUAGAUAAAAUUGCAGGAGAUGAUCUUAUCAUCAAUCAGAAUAUGAUAUAUAAUUUAGAUGAAAUUGAGGGAGAUGAUUUUAUCUUGUUUACCUCUUUGAUUUCUCAGCAUAUCCUGGCUUUUCAAGAAAGAUUAAAAAAUUUGCAUGCUUCAAUGCAGGAUUUCCUAAUGCAUAUUGUGGCCAAUGACAUUCCUCAACCUAGAAGGAAAAAAAGGGGAGCAAUAAAUUUUAUAGGAUCUUUUGCAAACACAUUAUUUGGGACUGCUACACAAGAUCAAGUUGAUAUUAUUCAUAAAAGAUUACAAUCGUUAGACUCCUUCACAGAAGAGGAAAGAAAACUCCUCAAUGUUCAUUCCCAUGUUAUCAAUGUCACUCUCAAUGAACUAACAAAUGUUCAUCAAACAUUGGAAAAACUAGAAACUGCUACCCGUGUUACUAAGACCCUUAUGACUAAGAUGGAAAAACAUAUAGAAAAUAAUGAAAAUCCAUUCUUUCACUGGAGAUUUUACUGCAUAUCCAGCUAG